UUAAUGUCUAAGAAAUUGCGAUGCUUAGGUUUCGAUAAAGGUCUGGUUGAAUCAUUGACAAGGCAUGGUUUAUUGUGCUGCAAAGAUGUUCUUAACAAGUCAGCAGUGGAAUUGAUGAUGAUGUUGAAGAUUAGCAUCCAGACAUCAACUUACAUCAUUGAGAAAGCUAGUGAAGCUUGCAAGCCUCUGCAUCUUACGGCACUUGAUUUAUUGGAGAAAAAUAAAUUCAAUUCAUUUCUAAUGACGAGUUUGAAACCCCUGGACGAUGUCCUAAAAGGUGGAUUAUUGUUCUCUUCAAUCACAGAAAUUGCUGGUCCACCUGGAUGUGGUAAGACUCAGUUUUGUUUCAUGCUGUCGGUG